AUGGAUGCAAUUUCCUUCGUAUUAGGCGUGCGAGGUGCUCAACUCCGCUCGGCGGACCUUACUGAUCUAGUUUAUUCGUCUAGCACAUUGCAGGGUGAUACUGCAGGAAGUGAAGAGAUUGAAGAGCCGCAGCGGGCUAGUGUCACGGCCGUCCUGGAAGAGGGUCGUGGCACAGAGCACCGCUUUCAGCGUGUCAUUACUUCAACAGGGAGCACUGAAUAUCGAUACAAUGGGCGUGUGACAACACAAGCGUCUUAUAAUAACAAACUGGAGCAGCUAAAUAUUCUAGUCAAGGCGCGAAAUUUUUUGGUGUUCCAGGGCGACGUGGAAGCCAUUGCAGAACAGUGUUCGAAAGACUUGAGUAACGUUAUUGACCAGAUCAGUGGGUCAUGUGCGUUGAAAAGUGAAUAUGAAGCGGCGCGUGCUGCCUAUCAGGAAGCUGUGGAACAGUCUGCAGGACUUGUCACUCGGCGUAAGACGCUGCAGCUCGAGCUUCGCGAUGCUCGACAGCACAAGGAGGCAUCUGAUCGAUACGACGUACUCAAGAUGGACCUUCACCAACAUAUGGUUCAAAAAGUGCUGUGGCGGCUGUACCACAUUCAUGAGACGAUGGAAAUCCAUACUGACUGGAUCGAGGCGCAUGCGCCCCGGGGUGAGCAGGCACGGAAACGGAUGCAUGAGAAGGAGCAGCUGGUAGCAGAGGCCCGUCACCGACUCGGUGUACUUCAGCAGCAGAUGCUCGACAAGGAGGACGAGCGCAAGCAGCUGAUUCGGUCCUUCGAGGCCAAGCGACCAGAAAAGGAUCGCCUGCUUGAGCGCGCGGAGCACGCACGAAAAAAGGUCAAGCAGGCUCGCUCACUGUUCCAACAAGCGGAACGAGACUAUCAUGCUCAGCAAGAAGCACUUACUCGACUCACUGCCGACGUGGACCUCGUGGAAAAGUCUGCGGUGCAGGCAAAAAAAGACCAGGAGGCCGCAUUAGCAGCCUCGAUGCUGCAGCUCAGCGAGAACGACUUGCAAACCUAUUAUGACCUCCGCACACAGUCGCAUACAUUGGCCGUGGAAGAGCGCAGCGAGGCUGAACGCCUGGAGCGUGAGGGCCGCGAGAAGCAGAGCGCUCUGGAUGUUGCGAAAGACCGUCAGGGCGAAACUAACACCAAGCUGGAACGCCUCGCCCAGCAGCUCGUGUCGCUGAAAGAAGCUGCCACAGCUCUUGCGCGUCAAGAACCAGAGAAGGUGCAUAGGUGGGAGGACGCCAAGUCUCGGUUGACCGCGCUGCAGACGAGCAAAGAACAGAUGGGUGUGCGCGAAAAAGAGCUUAAUGACAGUCUGGUGACCUGCUACAAUAAGUUGCUUCGCAUGGGCCAGGACCAGCGCCUGCAUCAGCGCGAAUCGCGACUGCGCGAAACUUUGCGCUCACUGCAGAUGAUUUUUCCCGGCGUGCAUGGGCGCUUGCGGGAUCUUGUGACACCGACGCAGAAAAAAUACGAGUUAGCCAUGGCCAUGACGCUUGGACGCCACGCCGACGCUGUCGUCGUUCAUCAUGAAAAGACGGCCAUGGAGUGCAUUGAGGACACGGUUCAGCUGUGGGAUGAGCAAGAAAUGGUCGGUGUGCAGCGUGAGCGAGACCGGUGCAUGGCAGAGCUCAAGGAGCUGCAGCAGCAAAAGUAUGCGCUUGGGGACGAGGAUGAGCUGGUGGCCGACGUCACUCGCGCGCAAUCUGCCGUUCAGGCCGUGCGACACGAGUGUGCUGAGGUGGAGCGGCGGCGCGACGAUGUGCAGCGCGAAUCAGACGCACUGCAGAAGCAGCAAGCCACGUUGGCCGUGCGCAUUCAGGCUCUCCAGGCGCAGUGCGCGCACUUAGAAGAGGCACGCGCAGCUAUCCAGCGCACGAUUGAUGCAGCAGACGAUGGGCUCUUCGCUUCCUUCUGCGCUCGCAUUGGGGUCGCCAAUGUGCGUGAGUACGAGUCGAAUCAGCUGCAGCUCACGCAGGCGCUCGAUGUGGCGACACAGCAGCACCAGAGGCAGCUUGCGCGCCUUGCACACCAGCGGGCCUUUUCAGAGGACCAGCUAAAGAGCACCGCUGACCGCCUUGCGUACAUUCAGGCCUCAAUGGACAGGGAAAAUGAGCGCCUGCCCGCGCUGGAGGCGCAGCUAACUGAGUGCGACAAUGUGAUGGCCGAGUUGCGUUUGUCGAUGGACAAGGCCAAAGCAUCGCUUUCCGAGCUACGUGAACAGCAUGCGCAACAAAGUGAGGAGCUGGCGGAAAAGCGCAAGGCGCUUUCUGCGUUAACGCGCGAUGUCGAGGCACACGAGCGGGAAGUGGCCGAGCGCAGCGAUGAAAUGGCACAAUUAGAUGCGGAGCGUACAGACCUAUAUCGUCGCUGCCGCCUAGAAGCGCUGGACCUGCCGCUGGAGGCGGGUGACCUCGCGCAAGUUCCGCUCGAGGAGGACACGACAUUGGUCAUGGAGACAGCGCAGGGUCUGCACGCGGUGCGUGACUACGGCGUGGUGGUCGAUUUUACGCGCCUAUCGGAUGCAGAGCGAACGGACCGCGGCUCGGGCAAGGGCCGCGAGCUGCAGGCCAAAAUUGAUGCUGCACGCGACGAAAUGGAGCAACUGGUACCUAGCACGCACAUGGGCGAAAAGCUCACGGCGCUGGAACGCGAUCUCAAGGCGUGUGAACGAGAAAUGGAUGUGUGCCGCGAACUAGUGCGCGACACACGCGAUGAGUUUCAGGCCCUGCGGAAGAGACGCACGGACCUGUUUUUGCGUGCCUACCAUCACAUUGCCGAACGCAUUGACGGCGUGUACAAGGAGCUAACGCGGAGCAAGGCCGCGCCAGCUGGUGGUGUCGCGUACCUGACGCUGGAUGAGACUGACCUAUCGGGGGGUGAGAAGACUAUGGCAGCGCUCGCGCUCCUCUUUGCCAUCCACACGUUCCAGCCGGCGCCGUUCUUUGUGCUGGACGAGGUGGAUGCCGCACUUGACUCGCACAAUGUCGCGCAGCUUACGCAGGCCUCUCUCUAUGAGCGCAGCCAGGGACUGGUCGGCGUAUACCGUAACCAGGAGACACACUCCAGCGCCAGUGUCACGCUGGACCUUGAGUCGUAUGCGUGA